CUGGAGCUGUAGUUGGUAUUCCAGUUCAUCAAUCGGCGGUACAUCAGAGUAACAUGCAGCAUAGCCAUCCAUCCUUGGGAGGGAGGAAGGGUCAAGGUAGAAGAUUGCCCCCUACUCCUUGUAAACCAUCAACACUGCAGCUGAGACCGGGAUCAAUCAAUUUUCCCAAAGUGAAUGCAUCUCCCACUCACCAACAGCUGCAAUCGCAUUCAGCUCAUGCUACACCGCAGACUCAUCCGCAUAGUUUUCCAAGAGAUAGGGAGCCUCUGAGGGAAAUAACUCCUACUGUAACUGCAAAUAUAAACAACAUUAAUAUUAAUCCUGGAACUCGUGACUCAACCGAAACCCCUCUGAGCUUCGAACAAGGUGUAGCUCUGGGGAGAGGAGGAAGAAUUUUACCAAGCCCCGUACCAAACGGAUUCAAGCCUAGACCAAGUGGAUCAAGGCAUUCUGAUUCAGAUGAUGAUGACUGGUGCUAGCAUUGGCUUAAUACUCUUCACAAGAGUAUUGCUUUCCUGUAAAUAUAUUUCGUGUUUCAAUGUAAAUACCACUGUAAAAACGUUACUAGGAUUUACGUUUGGGUCACAUUAUUAUAAUGCAUUUUUGUAAAUAAACUUGAAAUAAUCAA